CCAUAAUUUUUCAUGUUUUUGUUUUUUUUGUAGUAUUUUUUAACAUUAUGGAAGAAGAUGUACAUUUUCUUAUCUAGACAAAACACCCCUAGCCAGGACUUUACAUAAUCUCAUACCAGUAUUAACCCUAAAUAACUGAUUUCACAAACUUUACUUUAGGGCAAAGUACCAGAUUACUUAAAGAAGUACUACCCAGAUCAUCUAUUUCUGACUAAACCAGAUUUAGAGACAGGAAACCUGAUAGAGAAGUUACAUGAAAACUCCAUGUUAUGUUUGAGCCGGUUUAUGCUAUAUCAACAUAUCCUUAACUACAAUAAGUUGAUCCUGUACCCCAGACAGUUUACUGAUAAUACAUACUCAAGAUUGGUUUCCUUUUAUUAUGCAGCAGCACAUUGCACCAUGGAUAAAGGCUCUGGAAUCCUGUCUCUUGACACACAAGAUCUCCUAGAAGAGGCAACAAGAAAGUUGAUUGGUGGGAAAGAGACUUUCUCCAUCAGAACAGGUGCAGAGUCCUUAAUCCAUGGGGGAGAAAAAACAAAGAAUGAAGCCUAUACAUUCGAAGCUGUGAAGAAAGCAGGAGGUGCUGUUGGAUCUGUCCCCAGCUUGAUGUUCUGGACCCCAGACCAGAAAAAGAUAUUGUUUGAACAUCAUCCCAGAAGCGUCAUCUGUGGACAAUUUGGUACCGGGAAGACAGUGAUAUUAACCGAGAAAAUAAAAAGGAUGAUACAGAGUAUUAUUGAUGAUCAGGAUAAUCAGGAUCCUGUUGGUAGUGGAAGUGCUGACAAAAAAGUAGAAGUUAAUUCCACUGAAAAUGAG